AUGCUUUCCAACGCGCUCCGCACCGGCGCGCGGCCGCUGGCAGCCGGCGCGCUGCGCAGCUCUCUCGCCCGGCAGGCUGCACCGGCGGCCCGCCUCGUGCACGCGACGCGCGCGGCUCGCGAGGAUGCUCCAAAGGCGCGGCGCAGCGCUGCACCCUCGCCCUCUCGCCCUUCCCCCCCUGCCACUGCUGCCUCGCCCAAUCUCGGUCGCAGCCGCUGUCGCAACUUGCCCUGCCCGUUGAAUCGCCACACUCCUUCAGCUGCCCCCCCCCCCCCCCCCCAGGUGGAGAUGGUGAUCCUGCCCGGCGUGGACGGCCAGUUCGGCGUGAUGCCCAACCAUGUCCCGACCAUCGCCGAGCUCAAGCCGGGCGUGGUGUCGGUUCAGGAGGCGGCGGGCGGGCCACUGACCAAGUACUUUGUCUCUGGCGGCUUCGCCUCCAUCGGGGAGGACUCCAAGCUUGCCGUGUCGACGCUGAUGGCGGCGCCGCUCGAGGAGCUCGACGCGGACGCAAUCAAGACGGGCCUGGCGCAGUACCAGGCGGCAUACGAAAAGGCGCGCCGCGCCCCAGGGUUGAGCAGGGGCCCCUCUCGGAACCUGCGGGGAGCUGCCUCGGAGCUUUCUUGGAACCUUCGGAGCCGUCUCGGAACCUCCCGAGACCCACCCGAGCCCCUCCCGAGCCCCUCUGAUACCCGCCCGAGACCCGCCCGAGACCCGCCCGAGACCCGCCCGAGGCCUUUCCCCAGGCGACCGACGACAUGGUCAAGUCCGAGGCGGAGAUCGGCGUCGAGGUCUACCAGGCGAUGUCGUACGCCAUCUCCGAGGCGUGAGCAGCGGCGCGGAGUGGCGUGUGUGAGAGGGCCGGGGGGUGUUUAG